GUUAAGUGUGAGAAAAGCCCCACAAAGCCGACUAGUUUCACUCACCCUGCGAAGCAGAAGGACCUUCUACACCAUCUGAAGAGCACACAGCAAUUUUCCAGUUUUGUCAAGAAAAGUUGUGGAACAGAGAAAAGAUGAAAAUCGCCUCAUUCAACGUCCAAAGAUUUGGUGUCAAUAAAAUAUCCAACCCUGACAUCCUGCCAGUACUCAUCAAGAUUGUUUCUCGAUAUGAUAUCAUACUCAUUUUGGAAGUCGUGGACAUCAAAAACAAAGCAGUGAAGGAUUUUUUAAAGAAACUGAAUAAAGAAAAUCCUAAUUGCCAGUACAAAAUGGAACUUAGUUCACCGCUUGGCAGAAAGACAUACAAAGAGCAGUUUAUGUUCCUCUACAGACAGGAUACGGUGAAGCUGAUCGACACCUACCAGUAUGAAGAUAACCAAGUGGGUGAUGAAGACGCCUUUGCCAGGGAGCCAUACGUCCUCCGUUUUGCCUGUGAGAAGACAAAAUUGAAAGAUUUAGUUUUGAUCCCCGUCCACACCAUGCCUGAAGAUUCAUUCAAAGAAAUCGAUGAACUCUACGAUGUGGUCAUUGCUGUAAAGGAUAAAUGGAAGACUGAGAAUAUUAUGAUCUUGGGAGACUUCAAUGCAGACGGAUCAUAUUUAUCAAACAGAAAAAUGAAAAAAAUUCGCAUCAGAACCGACCCCACCUUCAAAUGGCUCAUUGCAGAUGACGUUGACACUACAGCUAAUACUGGCAAUGACUACACGUAUGACAGAAUUGUUGUCUAUGGUGAUGAAAUGUUGAAAGGCAUCGUUCCAAAAUCAGCCAAACCCUUUAACUUUCAAGUGGAGUAUGGUCUUGAUGAGGAGCAGGCUCUGCAUAUUAGUGACCAUUACCCUGUGGAAGUUGAGCUGAAAUCUGCCAAUUAUGAAGAUAAAGAAGAAGACACACAUUCCAGUGUCAAUCCAGAGAAGAAGCCGGAGAAGACCAAAAAGAAAAAAUAAAUUCUCAACUGUACACAACAGGAAAAGAGCGUAAUAAAACGUGACAUAUAUUUGAAGGAACUGUA